AUGGUUGCUUUCACUGUUGACCAAAUGCGUUCCCUGAUGGACAAGGUUACCAAUGUGCGUAACAUGUCCGUCAUUGCCCAUGUCGAUCACGGUAAGUCUACUUUGACCGAUUCUUUGGUGCAAAAGGCUGGUAUUAUCUCAGCUGCCAAGGCUGGUGAAGCCCGUUUCAUGGAUACCAGAAAGGAUGAACAAGAAAGAGGUAUCACCAUCAAGUCUACCGCUAUUUCUUUGUACUCUGACUUGCCAGAAGAAGAUGUCAAGGAAAUCCCACAAAAGUCUGACGGUAACUCUUUCUUGAUUAACUUGAUCGACUCCCCAGGUCACGUUGACUUCUCCUCUGAAGUUACCGCUGCCUUGCGUGUUACUGAUGGUGCUUUGGUCGUCGUCGACACUGUUGAAGGUGUCUGUGUCCAAACCGAAACCGUCUUGAGACAAGCUUUGGGUGAAAGAAUCAAGCCUGUUGUCUGUAUCAACAAGGUCGACAGAGCUUUGCUAGAAUUGCAAGUCUCCAAGGAAGAUUUGUACCAAUCUUUCUCCAGAACCGUUGAAUCCGUCAACGUUAUCAUCUCCACUUACUCUGACGAAGUCUUGGGUGACGUUCAAGUCUACCCAUCCAAGGGUACCGUGGCUUUCGGUUCCGGUUUGCACGGUUGGGCUUUCACCAUCCGUCAAUUCGCCACCAGAUACGCUAAGAAGUUCGGUGUCGACAAGCAAAAGAUGAUGGAAAGAUUGUGGGGUGACUCUUUCUUCAACCCAAAGACCAAGAAGUGGACUAACAAGGAAACCGACACUGACGGUAAGCCAUUGGAAAGAGCUUUCAACAUGUUCGUCUUGGACCCAAUCUUCAGAUUGUUUGCUGCUAUCAUGAACUUCAAGAAGGACGAAAUCCCAACCUUGUUGGAAAAGUUGGAAAUCAACUUGAAGUCCGAUGAAAAGGACUUGGAAGGUAAGGCUUUGCUAAAGGUUGUCAUGAGAAAGUUCUUGCCAGCUGCUGACGCUUUGCUAGAAAUGAUCGUCAUGCACUUGCCAUCUCCAGUCACCGCUCAAAACUACAGAGCUGAACAAUUGUACGAAGGUCCAGCUGACGAUGCUAACUGUAUCGCCAUCAAGAAGUGUGACCCAACCGCUGAUUUGAUGUUGUACGUCUCCAAGAUGGUUCCAACCUCCGAUAAGGGUAGAUUCUACGCCUUCGGUAGAGUCUUCGCCGGUACCGUCAAGUCCGGUCAAAAGAUCAGAAUCCAAGGUCCAAACUACGUCCCAGGUAAGAAGGACGAUUUGUUCCUAAAGGCCGUCCAAAGAGUCGUCCUAAUGAUGGGUUCCAGAGUUGAACCAAUCGAUGACUGUCCAGCCGGUAACAUUGUCGGUUUGGUCGGUAUCGAUCAAUUCUUGUUGAAGACUGGUACUUUGACCACUUCCGAAACCGCUUACAACAUGAAGGUCAUGAAGUUCUCUGUCUCUCCAGUUGUCCAAGUUGCCGUCGACGUCAAGAACGCUAACGAUUUGCCAAAGUUGGUCGAAGGUUUGAAGAGAUUGUCCAAGUCUGACCCAUGUGUCUUGACUCAAAUGUCCGAAUCCGGUGAACACAUUGUCGCUGGUACCGGUGAAUUGCAUUUGGAAAUUUGUUUGCAAGAUUUGGAAAACGAACACGCUGGUAUUCCAUUGAAGAUCUCCCCACCAGUUGUCGCCUACAGAGAAACUGUCGAAGCUGAAUCUUCUCAAGUUGCUUUGUCCAAGUCUCCAAACAAGCAUAACAGAAUCUACUUGAAGGCUGAACCAAUGGACGAAGAAGUCUCCUUGGCUAUCGAACAAGGUAAGAUCAACCCAAGAGACGAUUUCAAGGCCAGAGCUAGAGUUAUGGCUGACGAAUACGGCUGGGAUGUCACUGACGCCAGAAAGAUCUGGUGUUUCGGUCCAGACGGUAACGGUCCAAACUUGGUUGUUGACCAAACUAAGGCUGUCCAAUACUUGAACGAAAUCAAGGACUCCGUCGUCUCUGCCUUCCAAUGGGCUACCAAGGAAGGUCCAAUCUUGGGUGAAACCAUGAGAUCCGUCAGAGUUAACAUCUUGGAUGUUACCUUGCACGCUGAUGCUAUCCACAGAGGUGCUGGUCAAAUCAUGCCAACCAUGAGAAGAGCUACUUACGCUGGUUUCUUGUUGGCUGAACCAAAGAUUCAAGAACCUGUUUUCUUGGUCGAAAUUCAAUGUCCAGAACAAGCUGUCGGUGGUAUCUACUCCGUCUUGAACAAGAAGAGAGGUCAAGUUGUCUCUGAAGAACAAAGACCAGGUACUCCAUUGUUCACCGUCAAGGCUUACUUGCCAGUUAACGAAUCUUUCGGUUUCACUGGUGAACUAAGACAAGCUACUGGUGGUCAAGCUUUCCCACAAAUGGUCUUCGACCACUGGGCUACUCUAAACUCCGACCCAUUGGACCCAACUUCCAAGGCUGGUGAAAUUGUCACUGCUGCCCGUAAGAGACACGGUAUGAAGGAAGAAGUUCCAGGCUGGCAAGAAUACUACGACAAAUUGUAA